AUGCUGCGAGUUCCACUUCGUGAACCUCACGAGUGCGACAUUUUAUCGGCAUCUACACAUGCUGCAUCAUGGGACAUGGCAACGUCAGCCUAUCGAAGCAAUUCACUCCCGGCAGGAGAUGGUCUGCUUGGCGGAGGCCACCAGAUCUCUAGGCAACUUCAGCGGCAAGCUGCGCAACGACAGCAGCAGCAACAGCAGCAACAGCAGCAGCAGCAGCAGCAGCAGCAGCAGCAGCAGGAGGAGGUUAUGUUGUUAUGUGUACAGAUUCAAUAUGCGAUGGUCUUGGCGGGUAUUGAAUACAUAAUUUGCUCAGAGUUCGAAAUUCCCGUCUUGGGAGAUAGCAAGCAUGUAAGCGCAAUGGGGUGUAAUGUAGAUUCGCGGUUGCAGGGUUUACCAGAGGCAAAGACUUUAUUUGAUUUAUCCUUCUCUUCUGGUUCCUCACCAUUCAGCAGCUUUAUCGUCACCGUCAGAGAAACACCAGAGGGAGAAGCAUAUCUACAAAGUAACCCUUUUGUCCCUCUAGGGUUUAGGGUUUAG